AUGGCAUCCAACAAGCAAGAUAAGCACUCUCCAAUCCAAUUCUUUAUGAUCAUCACCACAACAAGUAUUGAAGGUGGAAAUCUUAAACUUCCAAAUGCUUUCACUAGGAAAUACAGUGGUGAUAUGUCAAAUCCAGUAUUUCUCAAGCCUCUGGAUAAUAUCAGUUGGGAGAUAAACUGGAGUAAACAAGAUUCAGAUAUUUGGUUACAAAAUGUUUGGGAGGAAUUUGUGAAACAUUACUCACUUGAUCAAGGGCACAUGGUUUGGCACUUGGUUUUAUUUGAAUUCAAGGGACCUUCUAAGUUUGAGGUGCGUAUAUUUGACAAGAACGCCCUUGAAAUAAAAUACCUUCCACUUAGUAACAAGCAAAUUCCGAACUCAGCAACCCGUUUCUUUAGGAUCAUCACACUACCAUGUCUUGAAGCUGGAGAGCUUAUUCUUCCAAAUGGUUUCAUGAAGAAAUACAGUGGUGGCAUGUCAAACCCAGUAUUUCUCAAGGCCCCAGAUAACACUAGUUGGGAGAUACACUGGAGCAAACAUGAUUCAUAUUUUUGGUUCCAAAAGGGUUGGAAAGAGUUUGUGAAAUAUUACUCCCUUGAUCAUGAGCACUUGGUAUUGUUUGAAUUCAAGGAUGCUUCUCAUUUUAGGGUACACAUAUUUGAUAAGAGUACCCUUGAAAUAGAAUAUCCUUCAAAUGAGAAUCAAGGUGAAGAGCACAACCCUGAUCAGAUUGGUGAUGAGAUACCGCCGCCCAAGAAGACUAAACCAAAAUCACCAAUGUCACUUUCUCAACCACGCAAGAAAUUGAGAACCGGUAAAAGCAAAGAUGUUGGAAAAAGCCCUGAAUUGAGAAAGCGGAAAAAAGUCCAAGUUGAAGAUGAUGUAGGAGGAAGCACUGAACGUGCCACCUUCGUGGUUGAGCUGCAACCUUACAGUAUUGAUAGAUAUUCCUUGCGUAUCCCAUUACACUUUGCUAGAACACAUUUAAAGAUGAAAAAAGGGGAUAUCCGCCUUGAGAGGUUGGAUGGGAGAACUUGGAAGGUUUAUUAUAGUUUCUUCAAGUUAGGUGGUGGGUGGAAGAAAUUUGCUACAGAUAACAAUUUGAAAGUGGGGGAUAUUUGUGUUUUUGAGCUGACCAAAAGGGAACCCCUUUCAUUGAAAGUAUUGAUCUUUCCAGUUGCACAAGGUGGGGUGCCAAGUAGCCUGGGCCCACACUUCACAAAUGCUGCUCAGAGGGAAGCUAGGAAAUACACCCCAAAGAAUCCCUCUUUCACUGUCAGUUUAAAUCCGGUCAUUAAACCUGCGUACAGACCGCCUGUACCCAUUUCCUUCAUCAGAGAGUACUUGAAUGAGAAGAAGCAAAUCAUAAAUUUAAAGAUUGAAGAAAAAUUGUGGCCUGUGGAGUUUAUAUAUUAUCCAGAAUUUGGUUUAGGAAAGUUGUCUAAAGGUUGGAUAAUAUUUGCAAAAGAAAGUAAACUUGUAGGUGGAGAUGUUUGUGUGUUUGAGCUCAUCAACAAGGACGAGGAAAAUCCAGUGCUUGAAGUUCAUAUCUUCAAAGGUCACUGAUAUUUGGAGCUCUUGGUCAAUGAUGUUUUGUGUCCCAAAUACUAGUUAGUCCUGUAUGAAAGUGUAUCCUUCUUUGCAGAAUGAAACUUUCCAUUCUACCUCUUGUUUAUUUUCUAAUCUGAAGUGUUUAAAUCCCCCUUCCCUGACUCUAAGAUGCAAUUCCAAAAUAUCAUCUCAGUAGUACACUAAAAUUACCUGGUCAUGCCAGUUUUUAUCUAUAAAAUCUCUAAUGCCUAGCUGUUAUGGUAAGAUGAUAACCUCACAUUGAACUGCAUCCCAUAAGCUAUUUGGUUCUGUUCUUCUAAAUCUAAUUGUGUUAUCCUAUUCUUGUUAUCAUCCAACUUUGUUCUGUAACUGAUGGAAAAUGUCCAGAAUCAAAUUCGGGUACAAGACAUGUUAUGUUCAGACAGCUAUCUGAAUGGCUGAUGGAUUUAUAGAGGAGACGUGAGAGACUCCGAUUCUUCCUUUCUUAUCCAUUGUUCAGAAGAUUAAUCUUUCUAUCUAGUGUGAGGAUAUUCUAGAAAAAGAAAAAUGUUUUGUAAUUAAAUAUAAUCUUUACAGUAGUUUAUCAGAAAAUUAACUUCUCUAACACAUGUGUAAUGGUUAACAAGAGGAGUUACUUCCAGUUCAUCAACCAGGUCCUAGCAGCAUUUACCUCUUCUUCAUGCAUUGCUGGUUUGAUUGCACCCCUGGUGGCAUCUUCUUAAUACAUUGCUAGUUGAUGGUAUUAGCUUUCUCAUUCGAUCAGCUCUGAAUGUGGCAUUCGCUGAACUUAGAAUGCUUGUCAUAGGUCGGAUUAUGCUUCGUGUUGGCAUUCGAUUUGGAAAUCAUGUAGUAGAAGUUUUCUACAAACUUUGAUAA